AUGCGACAACCUGAACUGGGCACACGGAGACACGAAGCCCUAGUUGAUGAUCCAGUCACCACACGCUCCGCAAGAUACCGUGGCAAACCACCACAUAGUAACCCAUCAUGGGAGUUGGUAGCAAUAAAUCAAAAUAGUGAUAAAACACCGGACAAAAAUGCUGAAGAAACUGCUCACCCAACGAGGAAUUUUACCAAUGAUUUCUACUCCUUCAACUGUACAAUGACAGGAAGACCUACGACAAAACUUACACCUAUCCAUAAUCGUUAUCCUAUGUCCUCAACUCAAAAAAUUCCUCAAAGACCUCCGUCUUCAACACGAUCACCCCUCUUACUAACUAGAUCUUCAAAGAAGAAGAAAGUCAUCUAUGUUGAUCCACCAAUAAUUUCCGCAGUUGAAACAGUCUUGGACAGUGCUUAUGAUAUGGUUGAGGAUGCGUUCACGACAAAGAAGAAAAUUAGACUGACAACAGUAUCCCCUAAUGUGAAGAAACGCACGAAAAAGUCACCAAAUGGAAAUAAACUAAUAACCACACAAGUACACGUUACGAAUGAAUAUGAACCAAUUACUCAGGCCACAGUAUUAACUGCCAAUAAUCGUGUUGAGAGUUCAGAAUCGAGUAGUUCAGAGGAAUACUACGAAGAGGAUCUUUUGUAUUACGACGAAGAUGACGAUGAGGAAAGUGAUGAGGAAUACUCUGUAGAAAGUCCCCCAGUUAGAGCAAAACCUGAAAAAAUUAAACCAGUCAUUGUUAAACCCGUUCAGGUAAAAUCUACAAGUGCAAAUCCAAUAAACGUUCAUGAAAAUAGCUUAAAAAGAAAGCGUCGACGACCCUCGAAACCUUCAGAUUAUGAUAGUUAUGAGUACUAUGAAGAUGAAGAGGAUGAGGAGGAGGAUGACGAUUUCAGCCUGGAGAAUACAUUUAAGUACGGAAGUCCUGUUAGAGGAAGUGUUUUUGAUUACUUUAGUGAUGUCAUCUCCCGAUUUGGACGAUUUAUCACAACUCUAAUGGGAUUUACUGGUAGGAGAAGGAGAAAAGUAUAUUCAGAAGAAAGUACAGUAGUGGCUAGCACAACUCCACGGACUCGAAGACCAAAGAGACCAGCACAGAAUUAUUAUGAAUUUCAUGAUCUCUACGGGUAUUCUGAUGAAAUAAAAAUGAACAAUGAUUUGGAGAAGAAGGAGGAGAGUUCAACUGUGGACAGUGAGAAGGGAAUGUGGUCAGGAUUAGGAACAUGGUUUGGUGGAGAUGAUUCAUCAUCUACAGGGCCUCCAGAGUUGUCUACGAAAGAAAAUUCUUGGUUUUUCAAUAUUUUCACCUCAACGACAACCCCUACAACGACCACUGAGAAAACAGAAAGCACUUCUUUGAAUCCCUUGGAUCCUGGGAAUUUUAUUGCACUGCUAGCACAGCAUUUGGUCAGUACUGAGGCUCCUGAAAAGAUUCCAGAAGAUAAUUUAGGUCAGAAUCCUGGCAAAAAGGGCGAUUAUAGCAAUUUUCAACUUUGGAGAUUGAGACCCUCAGAUUCCUGGCAAGUGAGAUUCCUCACAAAUCUCAGGGCAUCUUCGGAUUGUGAGAAGUGUCAGUGGUGGAAAGGUCCAAGUCUGCGUGGUCCUACGGAUUUGGUUAUUCCUCCGGAAUCUCUUUCUUUCUUCGAAGAAACGCUGCACAAUCAAGGAAUUAUGUUUGAAGUUGUUAUCUCUGAUCUUCAGAAAGCUAUCACUUAUUCCAAUCCUAGAAUGACCAGAAGGGAACAGUAUGAGAUUGAGGUGGCUCAGGGACAUCCAGUAACUUUCUACAGAUACCACAGAUUUGAUGAUAUAGUCAAAUUUCUGGAGUUUCUGCAGAGAAAGUAUCCGGAAAAUGUUGAAUUGAGCCAUUUUGGAAGAUCUUUCGAGGGAUUGCCUCUGAUUAUGGCUAAAAUCUUCUCCCCGGGAAAUGGAACUAUGGAAUUGAGGACAGAAAGGGGACAUAAGAAGCGUUUAGUAGAGAGAAAGUAUCUCAAACCAGUUGUUUUGAUUGAGGCAGGAAGUCAUGGGAGGGAAUGGAUAGCUCCGGCAGUUGCCAUGUGGAUCCUAAAUACCUUGGCUCAGGGAAUUGGUAAAAAUGAUCCUCAAAGUGAAAUUUAUAGAUCAGUGGAUUGGCUGGUGGUUCCAGUACUCAAUCCAGAUGGCUAUGAAUACACGCACACUCAUGAUAGACUCUGGAGGAAGACCAGAUCGACAGCACGUCCUGAGAAAUCUGGAUUCCUCUCAGUCUUGCCCUUCUGGAAUUGGUUUCAGGGCAAUACUGACGAAGAAUCUGCCAAUUGCACAGGAGUUGACCUGAACAGAAACUGGAACUAUGAGUGGACAAAAAAGGGAAUUACAGGAAAGCCUUGUGGGGAUCUCUAUAGUGGUCCAAAGGCUUUCUCAGAGCCUGAGAGCAAUGCUCUGCAGAAUUUUGCCAUGAAACAUCGUAAAAGGAUUACAGUCUUUAUUUCACUUCAUUCCUACGGGCAGAUGAUCAGUAUCCCGAAAGAGAUUAGGGGUAGAAAUGAAGAUCUCAUUGAUAUGGCUCAUGUUGCUGCCCAGGCUCUCAAUGGGCAUAGCAGCUUGAACAGAUAUCUCGUUGAUGACACUGGUGAGAUGCUCUUCCCAAGACCUGGCGCUUCAGAUGCAUUUAUGCUGAAUACGGUUGGAGCUCAGUACAGCUACACCCUUGAACUCAGGGAUACAGGAACUCAUGGUUUCCUCCUGCCACCAUCAUACAUCGAAGCUACAGCAAGAGAUGCAUUUGAUGUCAUCAAAGCCAUAAUUGAUAACUUGUAG